UACUCCAAGACUGUAUUUAUAAAAGUGCUGUCUGUUAUACUCUAAAAAGUUGGCAACUACAUUGGUGGUUUGGGUCUGCUUUCAAAUAUAAUAGUUUUGUUUUGGUCGGCAGUUUACUCGAAUAAAACUUGCAAUUUAAAAAUUUCUCCAUGGAAGAAAAAUUAAAUUCCGUCGAAUCAGUAAAGAUUGACGACGGAACAUUUAAAUACAUUCUAGUUAAAGUAUAUGAUCCAGAUAAUGAAGAUAGUGUUUUCAAGUACAUUGUGAGAGGUGAUGCUUCAGCUGGUUAUCAUGGUGACAUUUAUGAAGUAACCACACCUGAUAUUGAAAAACUUGGUUUAGAAUGUGAAUGUGUUGGUGGGGGUCGCAUAAAACAUGAUCCUGCUGCAAAAACUAUUCAUGUUUAUGGUUAUUCACAGGGAUAUGGAAGAGCUGAUCAUCUGCAAACUUGUCGACUGUUGAAAGAAAAGUAUCCAGAUUAUGCCAAAAUCGACUUCUCAAAUGAUGGAUAUUAAAGUCUUGGGAAUUCUGUUAGCUCAACAGCAGUUAAAAUGCGCCAACUACUGCAAUCAUAAACACCAGAAACUUGAGAUUUUGUUUUCUAUUUUUCCAGCUAUUGGUACAUGUGGCAAUCGCUGAACUUGUAGAAUGUGCCGUGUCACGCCAACCCUUAGGCUGACAGCUGCUGCUAUUGAUCUAAUGGAAGAAUAUUAUUAUUAUUAAUUUUCUUCUCAAGCUCUGCUGUUAAAUGCAUUUGUGAAGGUUAUAUUAACAUGGUGCCAUCUCUGUUUUGGGUAGAGCAUUGUAUUAUCUUAUGAACUGUUGAACAUUUUGCAAAAGUAUAUAUGUGUAUGAACUAUUUAUUGAUGCCCUUUUUGGAUUUCUAACAUUUUAAAAACAUGUUGCUCUGAAUGUCUUAUUGAUGUUAUUUAAGUUAUUUGUGUUUUUAUUUGAAAGCAAAAUUUAUGCAUUGGAAGCUUUGAUAAAUCCCUUUUUUUAAUGUAAUGGUGAUAAAAAUUUGAAAAAUAAAUUGGUUCAUUAAAUAUAAAGCUUGUUUGCGAUUUAUUACGAAAGUGAACUGGUUAGUUUUAGAAAGUUUGUGCAUGUUUUAUUCCUUGUGCACAUUCAUUUAUCUAAUUACAGAUCUUUGAUCUCACCCAAAAUUUGAAUUUUACAUAUGUACAAAGGCUACUCCACUCCAUCUUAUAUUAAUCUGAAUGACUGUGACAGCUUAAGCGAGAACUAUGAUUAUGUCCCAAGGGUCAUCAUUAGCCAUAGUAUAAUUCCUCCCAGAGGAAACACAUCCCGUCAUCAAUAGGGAGUAGUUGUCCUCGCACCAUUUCUGUACCCACCAGGCAGGCGAGAACUAAGCACCAUGUGGGACUUCUCAUUCCCAUAUUUGAGGUGCUCCUUGGAAGAGGAUGAAUUUUAUAUAAAGAUCUCUCAUGUAUAAUUAUGCUGAAGUGACUUGCACAGAAUUAUACAAAAUCCACUUUCAUAGAGUUUGGAAGUCAAUUUAUGCAAUAUUAUUCAAAAAAGAAUUGUGCAAAGUUGGGUUAUACUGAGUUAUGCAGCUCCUGACACAGAAUUACGCUAAAUCCAAGCACAGAGUUUUACAAAGUUCAUUCAUCAAUAGUUAUACAAAUUUGAGUUUUGCGAAAUCCAUUUUUGUUUAAUGAAAGUCAACAUACAAAAAGUUAUGCAAAAUCUGCUUGCAAAGUUGUGAAAAGUCCACUUAUGAGAAAUCAAUUUAAAGACAACUUGUAUAAUUAUUCAAGUUUUUAUAUUAUAAUUCAUCUGGUUAUUUUAUUUAUAAUUAUUUCCUAUGACUUGUAUUUUUUAAUGUUUGAUUACCAUUCCUAAUUGGGAGGGGGGAGGAAAGAAGAGAUGUAAUGUUUAUGCUGGUGAAAAAUUGUUUUCAUUGAACUUCAAAGUUGUUCAUUAAUUUUGUUUUGAUUUAUUUGAUUUUGUAUUAAUAAUGAUAUAUUAAUUUUGAUAUUUUUAAAAUUUAGUU